AAAAGGGAUGCAAACACACCUAAAAAACACAGGAAUACUGAAAACCCUAGGUCAUCAUGAGUCUCUUUGGCCUCGGCAGCAGAAACCAGAAGACUUUUCGACCAAAAAAGAGUGCUCCAUCAGGAAGUAAGGGUGCACAACUUAAAAAACACAUUGAUGCAACCUUGGGUAGUGGAAAUUUGAGGGAAGCUGUGCGCCUACCCCCUGGAGAAGAUCUUAACGAGUGGCUGGCGAUAAAUGCUGUUGAUUUCUUUAAUCAAGUGAACAUCCUUUAUGGCACUCUUACUGAGUUCUGCACGCCAUCAACCUGCCCAACAAUGACAGCCGGAGCAAAAUAUGAGUACAGGUGGGCUGAUGGUGUUUCUAUCAAGAAACCUAUAGAAGUAUCUGCUCCUAAAUAUGUUGAGUAUUUGAUGGAGUGGAUUGAAACUCAACUUGAUAAUGAAUCAAUAUUCCCUCAGAAACUUGGUGCGCCAUUUCCUCCCAAUUUCCAGGAUGUGGUGAAGACGGUAUUCAAGCGGUUGUUUAGGGUAUAUGCCCACAUCUAUCAUUCACAUUUUCAGAUGAUUAUGAGCUUGAAAGAAGAAGCUCAUCUGAAUACUUGCUUCAAGCAUUUUGUCCUCUUCACAUGGGAAUUCCGGUUGAUCGAUCAAGGGGAGCUUGCACCGUUGUAUGAGCUUGUUGAAUCCAUCCUGAAGCUGUAGUAAUCCUUUUUCCGUUGUUGCAAAUUUCAUUAGUUGUAUUCAGUAGUAAGUAAGCAGCUUUGUUUUAGCUACCAUUUCUUCAUUUUUGUUCUCCCAAAUAGGCUAUUACGUCUUGCUCCUUUGAUCCAUAUGUUUUUAUUUUUGAAAAUGCAAACUCAAUAGUUUUAGACAUUUUAUUGAUGC